UUCUUCUGAUUACCAGCUGGAUGGCUGCAUCUCUCAGUCCCCAGACCCAAGCGCCUGCCAAGUGACUACAGCAGAGAGAAAGAAAGAGAGGGAACAGUGGGGAAAGAGACCCAGAAGGAGGAAGAAUCUAACCCAGUGUCUUCCCAAGCUAGAUUUAUUCAUUUGGAAGUGGCUAACUAUUAUGCAGAGCGUUAUAGCAAGGCUCUUUAAAAAUCUAAAAGAGAUUUAAAACUGACCACAUAAAAAGAUGGCAAGACCCAACAACUUCACCUACUUCACCAGAAAAUCUCGUGUUUUUGCUGAAGAAUGCACUGCUACCAAGAAAAGGGAGGAGGAGGAAGAAGGAGUAGAGCCAAAUAAUGACUUGGAAGCUGGUAAACAGCUACCAUUUUUUUAUGGCAACAUUCCUACAAGCAUGAUGUCAGAGCCCCUGGAAGACCUGGACCCAUACUACCUGGAUAAAAAUACUUUCAUUGUAUUGAAUAAAAGAAAAACCAUUUUUCGAUUCAAUGCCUCCCCUGCUUUGUACAUUUUAACUCCUUUCCAUAUGAUUAGAAGAAUAUCCAUAAAGAUUUUGGUAAACUGUUUAUUCAACAUGAUCCUUAUGGGCACUUUCCUGUUCAAUUGUAUUUUUCUGACAAACCUUAACCCUCCAGACUGGAUAUUUUAUUUUGAGUUAUCUUUCAUUGGAUUAUAUACUUUUGAGAUCCUUAUAAAAAUCCUCGCAAGAGGCUUCUGUAUAGGAGCAUUUACACUGCUUCGUGAUCCCUGGAAUUGGUUCUAUAUCCAUAUUCUUGCCUAUGCGUAUCUGAGCAUAUUUGUAAACCUAGAAAGUAUUCCAGCUCUUGGAAUUUUCUCAUUGCUAAGAAUUUUGAAAGCUAUUUCUCUAACCACAGGUACAAGGAUUAUCAUUGGAACCCUGACUCGGUCAGCAAAGAUGUUUUGUCAUAUGGUGGUCCUAACUAUGUUUUGUUUGAGUGUUUUUGCUGUCAUGGGGAUGCAGCUAUUCAUGGGCAGUUUGAAGCAUAAAUGUUUACCAUGGCCUCAAGAAGAAGGAAAUAUGACUGAAAUUAUGUUGGACAAUGAAAGAUUUGAAAGUUUUCUUCUGGAAAGAGGAAUGAAUGCUUUCCUUUGUGGCAACAGUACAUUUGCUGGUCAAUGUCCAGAAGGACACCUAUGCGUGAAAACUGGUAUAAAUCCUGAUUAUGGCUACACGAAUUUUGACAAUUUUGGAUGGGCUUUCUUGUCUCUAUUCAGAUUAAUGACAUUGGAUUUUUGGGAAAGCCUUUAUCAACAGACUCUACGAGCCGUUGGAAAGACCUAUGUAAUAUUUUUUGUAAUUGUCAUUUUCUUUUGCUCCUUUUAUCUGGUAACCUUGAAACUGGCCAUAGUUGCCAUGGGUUAUGAAAAACAGAAUCGGGCAACCAUUAGAGCAGCAAAGCGGAGACAGGUGAAAUAUCAAGCCAUGUUAUAUCAACGUGAAAAAGAGCAAGAAGCAACUGAGGCAAUGUCAGCUUUUGGAGCAGAUGAAAAGAAAAAGGUUGGCAAAGAUCAAAGUUAUUCUGAAACAUCCAAUGGGAUUUCAGAUCUUACUGAUGAGAGGACAGAGCAAAGGAAGAAAGAAAAUCAGAAUAAGCAGGCUAAUCAAGAAGAAAAGGAAAUUGAUGCAAAAUUGCAUCAAUUUGAAUCAGAAGAUUACAUCAGAAGAAAAUUUUCUCAUCAUAUUAAAAAUUCUCAGAAAAAAAUGCAUGAAAAAGAAUCAUUGACACAGGAGAGAAACACUAUGCAAGUUGACAAGAAGGAAAGACAAAUAAAUACUUGCCAGAUUUCUGUGGAUAUUCUGGAAGAUCCCACUGUUAGAAAAAGAACAGUGAGCAGAACUAAUAUAUUACACAGCAUGAAAGAAUUUGACAAAUGCAGGCCAAGAAAUUGGUGGAAGAGAUUUGCUAAAAUGUUUCUGAUCUGGAAUUGCUGUCCACUUUGGCUAAAAUGCAAAGAUUUUGUCCAUAGCAUUGUCAUGGAUCCAUUUUUUGACUUGGCCAUUGUUAUUUGUGUCGUUAUGAACCUAUUAUUUUUAGCUAUGGAUCACUACCCAAUGACUGAAGAAUUUCUUUAUGUUCUUUUUGUGGGACACCAGGUAUUCACUGGAAUUUAUGUAGUGGAAAUGAUUUUGAAAAUUAUUGCAUUGCAUCCAUAUAAUUAUUUCCAAGAGAAGUGGAAUAUAUUUGAUACUUUUAUUGUGACCCUUGCUUUAGGGGAACUUGUAAUUACUUCCUUUUGGAUAACAGAUACAGUGCACAUUUCCCUUUUACAAUUUCUCUUCUUACUCAGAGGGCUCCGUGUUUUCAAAUUGACAAAAUAUUGGCCAAUGAUGAAAAUGAUGCUCAAGAUCAUUGGGUACUCUGUGAAAACUCUUAGAAGCUUGACAUUAGUGUUGGUCAUCACAAUUUUUAUUUUUGCGGUGGUUGGCCUGCAGUUCUUUGGUCACAGUUACAAAGACAAUGUCUGCAAGAUUGAUACUGACUGUUUACUUCCACGUUGGCAUAUGCAUCAUAUCUUCAACUCCUUUCUUAUUGUGGUCCGGGUAUUGUAUGGAGAAUGGAUAGAGACCAUGUGGGACUGUAUGGAGGUGGCAGGGCAAUCCAUGUGCCUUGUUUUUUACAUGGGGCUUAUUAUCAUUGGAAACUUACUAGUACUUAUAUUGUUUGUAGCUUUAUUGAGCUCAUUUAUUUCAGAAAAUUCUACAGUGAGUGAUGUGAAAGCAGAUUCACAGAAUCUCUUGCUUGCAAUGGCAAGAAUUAAAAAGGGCAUCCAGUAUAUGAAACGAACUUUAUUUGACCUCAUUGCAGAAAUUUUUACUAAGAAACAAACUACUUCAAAAGAGAUCAAAAAAGUAGAAAAUCUAAGUAUGGAGAAAAAGAAUGAUACAUCCAGUCAGUCACUUAAUAAAAUAAGCAACGAUCAAGAUUUCCAGAAUGGAAAACAGGGAACCAUAGCCUCUGGUAGUAGCAUGGAGAAAUAUGUGAAGGACAAUAGUUCUUCUCAGUCAUCAAUUCGCAAUCCUAAUCUUCCAAUGACUGCACCACUUGCUCUUACAGAAUUUGAUUCUGAAAAUGUAAACACCAAAGAAUUUAGCAAUGAAUUCAAUGUUGAUGACAGUAAUGAGAAACUCAGCCAAACUAUCUCUCCUGAAGACAGCAUGGCUCCAAUUCUUGGCCUUCAGGAAGAACAAAAUGUAGCUGAACAUGUAAAAUCAAAGGAACCAGAAUCCUGUUUUUCAGAUAGUUGCAGGCAAAUGUUCCCUUUCUGUGGAGCCAGCAAAAAGUCUAAGGUAGGAAAGAUCUGGUGGAACCUGAGGAAAACUUGCUACUGGAUAGUAAAACAUCAUUGGUUUGAAAUGUUCAUGCUUCUUAUCAUCUUGCUCAGUUGUGCUGCUCUGACUUUUGAAGAUAUUAACUUUCAAAAGAGAAAGACCAUCAUGAUUAUACUUGAAUAUGCUGACAAGAUUUUCACUUACCUGUUCAUUUUGGAAAUGCUUCUCAAAUGGAUGGCAUAUGGUUGUAAAACAUAUUUCAGUAAUCCCUGGUGCUGGCUAGAAUUCUUGGUUGUUAAUGUCUGUUUUAUUAAUUUACUAACCAGUUAUCUAGGAUAUGCAGUAUUUCCUUUUCUGAAAUCCCUCCGGUCACUAAGAAUUUUAUCUGCAUUUGAAAGAGUAAGGGUAGUUGUAACUAUAUUAGUAAGAGAAAUUCCAUCCAUCCUGAAAGUACUUCUUGUCUGCCUUACCUUUUGGCUAAUUUUUAGCAUUAUUGGAGUAAAUCUGUUUGCUGGCAAGUUCUCAGAAUGUGUUAAUACUACAGAUUUUUCAAGGUUUCCUGAAACUAUUGUCCAAAAUAAGUCUGAAUGUGAGAUGCUUAUGGACACUGGCAAAAAUAUAAUACUUGAAAAAAUUAAUGAAGAUGUGCAGUGGAAAAAUGCAAAAAUGAACUUUGAUAAUGUUGGAAAUGGUUAUUUUUCUCUUUUUCAAGUGGCCACAUUUAAAGGAUGGUUGGAAAUCUUGUAUUCAGCUGUUGAUUCAAGUGAUGUAGAGGGCCAGCCUAAGUAUAACAACAAACCCUACAUGCAUCUCUACUUUGUCAGCUUCAUCAUCUUUGGAGUAUUCUUUCCACUGGUCCUCUUCAUUGGUGUUAUCAUUGAUCAUUUCAAACAACAAAAAAAGAUUAGAGGUCACUCAACCUUUAUGACAGAGAAGCAGAAUAAAUACUACAAUUCAAUGAAACAGUUAAGGUAUAAGAAAUCAAUACCUCGCCCAGGGAAUAAAUUCCAAGGAUAUAUAUUUGACCUUGUAACAAAAGACGCUUUUGAGAUAACCAUCCUCGUACUUAUCUGUUUCAAUAUGAUUAUCAUGAUGGUGGAAACAGAUACAGAGAGUGUCCAUAAGACUGGAAUUUUGUACUGCAUCAAUCUAGUGUUCAUUGGCCUAUUUGCUGGAGAAUGUGUGCUGAAGCUCAUCGGCCUCCGCCAUCACUAUUUUACUAUAGGCUGGAACAUCUUUGAUUUUGUGGUGGUCCAUAUAUCAAUUGCAGUUACCCUACUAAGUCAUUGGCAUACAUAUUUCCUGACCUAUGGCCAAAUGCAAGCUAUCCGUCUCAUGAGGUGUGGAAGAGUCCUGAAUUUCAUUAAAGGAACCAAGGGCAUAGGAACACUGAUCUCUGCAAUGAUGUUGUCCUUGCCUGCUUUGUUGAACAUUGUGUUUCUGUUCUUUUUGGUCAUGAUUAUCUAUGCUAUCAUUGGAGUAUCCCAAUUUGCCUAUGUUAAAAAAGAUGCUGGAAUUAAUGAUAUGUUCAAUUUUGAAACUUUUGGCAAUAGCAUUUUUUGCCUUUUCCAAAUCACCACAUUUGCUGGCUGGGAUGGUUUAAUAGCACCAAUUCUUAACACGGGACCACCAGAUUGUGACCCUGAAAAGCUUCACCCAGGAAUUUCUUUGAAAGGAGAUUGUGGAAGUCCCAUUUUUGGAAUUUUCUAUUUUGUGAGUUUUCUUAUCAUAUCCUUUCUGCUGCUUGUAAACAUGUUCAUUGUUGUUAUUCUUGAGAUUUUCAAUGCUGUGACAGAAGAAAAUGCUAAAUGCCUGAGUGAAGAAGCCUUUGACAAUUUCUAUGAGGUUUGGCAAAAAUUUGAUCCUGACACAACUCAUUUCAUACACUACAGUCAGCUCUCUAAUUUUGUUGCUUCAUUGGAUGCUCCUCUUCAUGUACCAAAGCCCAACAAAAGCCAGCUCAUGGCCAUGGAUCUGCCUGUAGCAAGAGGUGAUAGAGUUUUCUGUCCUGAUGUUCUCUUUGCUCUUGCAAAACGUGUUGUUGGUGAAAGUGAAGAGUUUGAUCAUCUCCAUUUACCAAUGCGUGAGCAGUUUCUGUCAUCAUGUCUUUUCCAAAUUUCUUAUGAACCAGUUACUACUAUAAAACAAAAACAAGAGGAGAUAUCAGUUCCUGUCAUUCAGAAUGCUUUAGAGGAAAAUAUAUCAGAUACUCAUAAUAGGAAAGAUGGAGAUAGAGAGGAUCCAAUUAUUAAAGACAACAUAAUUUUAGAUUGAGUUAUGACAAAUGAGAACUCUGCACCAGAGAAAGUCACUUCAGUAAUUUCAUUAGAUAGUAUAACAGAACAAGAAAGAGAGAAAUAUGAAACAGACCAGAUAGUAAAGGAAGACAAAGGCAAAGCUGACAGGGAAAUGGAAAAGAAGUAGAGAUUCUGUUUUGUGAAUAGUUGGUUAAAACUUUUUUUUAAAUGACUAAUUUUUAAGACAGGUUUAUUUUAGUAAAAUAUGUGCCAUAACAACUGAUUUGAUUUUUUGUUUGUUUGUUUUAACCAACAUAAGCUUAAAGUUGUUACUUCUAAUAGUAAUGAUAGUUUAUUAUUAACUGAGAUUCCAUAUCAAAACAACUUUGACAUAGGAGCAUUAUUUGCACUGUUUCUCCUGCAAAAGAUGAAUGACCAAAAAAAAAAAAAAAUUAGAAAAAUGGAUUAAGAAAAGCAAAAUCUUUUUUUUUCAUUUCAUAAAACAUAGGAAUAGAAUGUUUCACAUUUGUCUGUCCUCCUUUUGUAGUAUCCAUGCCAUUCAUUCCCCACUCACCUACCUCCACAUUGUUGUUUGUUAUUCCUUCUCAAAGAAGAUCAUGACAUCAAGUAGGUGAUGUUGUCAUAACAUGCAAAUGAAUUGUAUUUAAGUGAGGAAUUUAUGUGCAAGUUUCCAUCUUCACUUUUCCCAAAAAAUAAUUUUAUUGGAGAGAUCUUCUGCUCGUAAUACAAUGAAAGUAAAUGCUUUUACUCAUUCUCUGCAAUGCACUAAAAAAAGUAGUGCAGCUGCUAAAGUUUUAGCUCAUAUGCAGGAAAAACAUGUAUCAAAACAAUGUAUCUUUCAUAGAAAAGUUUUGACAACUAAAAUGUAUUUUAUGUUGCAUCUGAAUUAAAAUGUUGUAUGCCUUAAAGUCCCAUGGGAUUUCCCAAAUAUGUAAGUUGCUGACUUUUAAUAAUAUUUUAACCAUUUAUUCUCAGAAGUGCAGAAGUCACUUCCAAAGAAUUUGUAUCUAGCCUUUAUCCCAUUUUGUUGUUUCUUCUGCCCAAUACUCAUUAAUUGAGUGUGUGCUUGUGUGUGUGUGUGUGAGAGAGAGAGAGAGAGAGAAAGAUAAAGAAAGAGAGAGAGAGAAAGACUUUCUUCAUAUCUGUUGAAGUCUAUGAACUGCCUCUCAGAAUGUUUGAAAUUCACAAAAUAAAAAAAUAAAAAAAAAAAACAGGAUUACAAAGGAAAUGGAUUUUACUGAAUUGCAUACAUGUGUAAGUAAAUGUGCACACACACACACACACACAUACACACUAAGGCUACAUUAUUAAGACACAAGCAUAUAAUGGAGUAAAAAAAAAAAAGUCUCAAAUAUUUUCUUAACUGUUUUCAAUAAAACAUAGCAUUGCACCAUAUUACUCUAAAAUAUCUAGAAUGGUGAGCAUACAGAUAUAUCUGCUCCCAUCUACAAAUAUUAUUUAUCCAUCCUUCAUCUCUCAGAAGAGCCUAUAUUUUAACUUUCAGUGAAAUGCUUGCUUAUUUAGAAAUAGAUAUAAAAUAUUAUGAUGCAUGUCUGAGCAAACAUAUGACAGCAUAAUAUUUAUCACAUUACAUAUCUACCAGGACAAUACAGUGUUAGGUAUAUAACAUACAUGAGCUAGAAAUGUCUGUCAAUUAUAUCAUUGACAAGCUCUCAAAAGUUAACAGAUUGUAUUAUAUAUUUGUCUUAUCUAAUCAUCUUUAUCCUUCUUCCCCAUUUCCUGGAACAAAAGUGAGAGACAUUAUGCAAAUAUAACUCAUUUUCUAUAAUAAAGUGUUAUAAUCAUAAAGGCAUUGUGAUACAUAACAUGAUAAGCAACAGUGACUAAGUUGGAAACAGAGCCUCUUCUCUCCAUCCCCACCCCCAACAAAAAAAAGAAAAGAAAAGAAAAGAAAUGACUUAAUAAUUUUUAUACAUUUUGUAUUCACUUACCUUUUCUAUAUGUUUCUCUCUAGUAGAAUGUAAGCUUCUUGAAAGCAGGGAUUUUUUUUGGCUUUGUUUUAAUAUUCCCCUAUUCCAUUGACAGUGCCUGAAAUAUAUUAAAUGCUUGAUAAGUGCCUUUUGAAUUUAAUUGAUUAUGAAACUAUAUUUAUAAUGCAACUAUUAAAUAAUCAAACACUUGCAGCAGUAUUUUUCCUCCUAAAGACAACACCUGAUUGCCUAAGUGUUUUAGAAAUAUUUUCAGCAAGGUUUUUGAAGAUAUUCUGCAUUUAGUAACAUAUAGUAAAGGGAUUAUCUAUUUCAUACUAAACAUUAUUUUACUUGUUAAAGCCAAUACAAACUUUGUAUUGAAAAAAAUUAACACAAUGAGAUGUUCUUUAAAAUGAAUAUGUUCUUUAAAUGAAUAAAAGUUAAUCAUGCACUAUUAAAA